GACUUUCCUUUCCGACUUUAGACUCACAUCUGGACAAAGAACGUCGACAACCGCUUGCUCGGCGUUUUGCAUUCCACGUCAUCACUUGCUUCUGCUGCGAGCAAACAAUCAAGAGGUAUCGAUCGAUUUUGCUUUGACGAAAAUUCGAAGACAGCACGCUACACCUACUCAAACCACUAUAGCUGGCCCCCAUAAGCCUCUACUCGAACAUCCAUCCCGUGGUGACAAGACUUGCUGGUUCGCAAAAGUCGGCAACGCGUACGUUGCAGUAUCCGCUCAACCUCGCUUCGAGGACCACUCGCGCGGUAGUCAUGUCAGCUUCACCCAUGACCAUUUCAGCUCGGCGUCCGAGUCCAACGACGAAUCAUGAGACUCGAGGCGGUGCUGCUAGUCUGAGCUCUGCCUCUGCUCGCGAUCCAAGAGGCGCUGAUUUGUAUGGCACCACACCAGGAGGCUCUCGCCUAAUGUACUCGCGCGAGCAACUUCUACAGCUAGCUUCUUCUCCCCUCUCUGCCAGCCCGCCAAAGGGUCUAGGUCCCAACGGCAUUCCCGCUGAAAUCUCUCGUUCGCCCGAAAAGGCCUACUACACUUACGGUCCCAGCUACGGCUCUCAGGCGGGACAAGUUGAUCGGCCUUCUAUUAUAGAGACGAACGGAACAGGGACCAUCGACUCCGGCUCGGGCGGAGUGGGGUCGAUCUUUGGACGCACGCCUGAGAAUUUCGAUGUCUCUUCCAGCAAAAGGGCGCACCAGAAUCACAGUCACAGUGCGCAAGUAGCGUCGACGACAUCGAGAGGUUCCACCGCUCUUGGCUCUUCUUUCCCUACUGCUGCGGCGGGCGCAGGGCAAGACCAUGCGAACAAAGGUGGGGCGAUCAGAGGUUUCGCACCUUCUUCCCCAAGCGCCAUCAGAACGCGUUCCCCGUCCACCUCCUUCAACAUCGACACUACCAGCCCAAGCAGCAAUGCGGCAGCUGGAAGUCCCAUCACUGCCAGGUCCGGCGCUCCUCGGUCUCCAGGUUCAGCCUUUACCUUUUCGGGUCCUGUCAGUCCUACACAAAACACCUCCUCAGCCAGCAGCAGCAGCAAAGCAGGCGGAGCGAGAACAGGACAUGGUCGACCGCGCGAUAAUUCUAGCGUCUCGCCGUCUCGUGAGAAAGGCACCGUCAUCGACUCUGCCGCCACCACCGCCGCUGCUGCUCGUGCGACCAACACCCACAACGACGAGCACUUCCACAUGGACCUCUAGAAUGCUCGAAAGAACAUCUGUUCCAUCGCCUGAAAGUCGGGGGGCCAAACUACGCCACAGUCCAUGAUGGGAAAUGGGGACCGCCGUUUGCAAGGCCAAGCUGACGGGACUUCCGUGCACUCGUCCGAUCAAUCAAUGUAUUGUCCUUAGACCGGUGACUGCGUGGUCGAAGAGCGGGAGUCUGGACUGAUGUAAGCCUAUCUGUGGACCGGUGAUGCUGUCGUGCUAUUCAGGAAGUCGUUGCGCCCGACUUCAAAGCUUGCCAGCGAAUAGAUCGUCUUGAAAAGGAUGCGCGCUCCAGGUCGGAAUGCAAGUGACAUAUC